UGGUGACAGGGACCACGGGUUAAAACAAACACCAAAUCCUAACUGUUGCAAUCUGAAAUUGCUUGUGUUCGAUACACUGCAACAUAACUGUAUUAAAUAAAAUCAACGAGAGCAUUCACCAUGGCACUACUUGUAUUGAUGGACUAUCUGCCCUAUCUUGUUGGUAUUGGAGCGGUCGUUAUUCUAGCCUUGGCCAUCUGGAUUGUCUGUUGCUGCUGUAACGUAAGUAUUAAAAGUAUUUUUUUUAAAAUAGGCAUUAGGAUAUUUUAAAAAAAAUAAACAUAAUUUAGGUGGAUAAAAAUGUAUUACACAUCGAACACAUCAUCUUUUUUUUUUUUUUUUACAAUUCAGUUCUUUGAACUCAUCUUUAUUCUUACGUUAAAAAAAUGUAUCGAUCAAAACUUUUUUUUUUUUUAGUGAUCACACACACCCACACCCACACCCACACACACACACACACUCACACCCCACACACAUAUGAAAUACAAAAUAAAUCACCAUAUUUUAAGUAGUGUUUCUUUUUUAGGCCUACAUAACAAAAGAUUCGUAAUCAACAUUUGACUCUAAACAGUGACAGAUCUUUGUAUUUUAAGAAAUGAAACAAUUUUUUUUUUACCAUAAUUGAAUAAAAUGUAAGUCUAAUGGUAUUUUGAAAAUUUAAACAAUUGUUUACAAUACUUGAAUGAGAUCAAAUUCAAAUUGUAUUUUCAGCAAACAAUUUCGUUUUUGUUUUUUUUCAGUGCCGUCGUCAGCGCAAAGAAAAGAUAACUGAUGUAAGUAUACAACAUUUGUUUAAGUUGGAUAGCUCAUUGUGCACAAUAUCUAUUAGUGGCUCCUUUGAAUAUCAUGAUAUUUCUUUCAACUAUUCGCCUCCUUUUUUAAAGGUUGAACUUCAGUCCGAUACUCCCAAAUACCAUGUUGAUACAACCGAUGCCAGAGACACCCAGAGUCCCAGUGUCUGGAAUCCAACCCUUGACCUCCAUGGCAAAAAACUCAAGGAGGCCAUGCAAGCAACAAGGACUUUUAUUACAACAUCUAAAAAAGGUAAAUGA